AUGAUCGGGCUCGGUUCCAUCGGCAAAGGGACGCUGCCGCUGAUCGAACGUCACUUCAAUUUCGACAAGUCACGCUUUUCGGUGAUUGAUCCUGUCGACACGGAUGCAAAACUUGUGACGGAUCGGGGCUACAAAUUCCAUAAAGUUGCACUGACACCGGACAACUUCAAGGACAUCCUGACGCCUCUGGUUACCGAGGGGGAGGGGCAGGGCUUCGUUGUGAACCUGUCGGUCGACACCUCUUCGCUUGAUCUCAUGAAACUGUGCCGGAAACUCGGUGUCCUCUACAUCGACACCGUCGUUGAGCCCUGGCUCGGAUUCUACUUUGAUGAAAAUGCUCCGGCCGCCGAUCGCACGAACUACGCAUUGCGCGAAACUGUCCGCAAGGAAAAGAAGAAGAAGCCUGGCGGCACGACGGCUGUCUCCUGCUGCGGCGCAAAUCCGGGCAUGGUGUCCUGGUUCGUCAAGAAAGCGCUUGUCGACGUGGCCACUGAAACCGGCAUCAAGUUCAAGGAGCCAGCCGACCGCAAGGGUUGGGCGAAGCUGAUGAAGAAGGUCGGCGUCAAGGGCAUCCACAUUGCCGAGCGCGAUACGCAACGGGCCAAGGAGCCGAAGCCGCCGAACGUGUUCUGGAACACCUGGUCCGUCGAAGGCUUUCUGUCCGAAGGCUUCCAGCCCUCCGAGCUCGGCUGGGGUACGCACGAGAAGUGGAAACCGGCAAACGCCAAGAGCCACAAGAAGGGCUGCAAUGCGGCGAUCUAUCUCGAGCAGCCAGGGGCCAACACGCGGGUGCGCACAUGGUGCCCGACACCCGGGGCGCAGUUCGGUUUCCUCGUGACCCACAACGAGGCCAUUUCGAUUGCCGAUUUCUUUACGCUGGAGGACGGCAAGAAGGUCACCUACAGGCCGACCUGCCACUAUGCCUAUCACCCGGCCAACGACGCGGUUCUUUCCCUGCAUGAGCUUUUCGGUGCAGCAGGCAAGGUACAGGACAAGCUUCAUGUUCUGGAGGAAGAUGAAAUCCGCGACGGUAUCGAUGAGCUCGGCGUUCUUCUCUAUGGUCACAAGAAAAACGCUUACUGGUACGGCUCCCAGCUCUCCGUCGAGGAAACCCGCAAACUGGCACCCUAUCAGAAUGCGACCGGUCUACAGGUAACGUCGGCGGUCAUUGCGGGAAUGGUCUGGGCGCUGGAGAACCCGGAAGCGGGCAUCGUUGAGACCGACGAGAUGGACUACAGGCGCUGCCUUGAAAUCCAGUUGCCUUAUCUCGGGCCGGUCAAGGGCUAUUAUACCGACUGGACACCCUUGGAGGGGCGGCCGGGCUUCUUCAAGGAAGACCUGGACAAGAAGGAUCCCUGGCAGUUCAGGAAUAUCCUGGUUCGGUAA